AUGUUGGUCCCAUCGCUCCGACAGUUGGCGACUGCCUCUGCGAUCCGGAAUGUUCGACUGCUCCGCGAUCUCGGGGAUUUGCCAUACGCGCUGGUUCGUCCUAUCCUGCUGAAGGUCGACAACCCGGAGCAGCUGCAUUGCAUCGAACAACAAUCCCCCCAAGUCGCCAACGACACCGAAGAACUAUGGCUUGAGUUCAUCAAACGCGACAUCCCACAAUGGGAGACCUACGCCCUCCCGCAGCACUCGGACCACUGGUACGAAAUAUACUGCGACCUCCGCGAACAAGCCCAACGGGCGGUCGACGAAGACGCCGAGAAAAUGAAACUAGCGCUGGACGGGCUUAACUCCCAGAAAGCUCGACUGACGCCCAAGAUCGUCUCGGAGCGCUCUCGUCUGCCGGGCAAGCGACCGACACAGCGGCAGCGCUACGCCGCGUAUGACAGGAAGAUGGGCGGGCUGGCCCCGGUCUUUGGGAAGCCGACCGGUGCCGCGGAAUGGAGUUUCCAGGCGCCGUCUCUACCGCGCUCGGAGUUUGGGACUGGAACAAAGAAGAAGCAGACGAUUUUCACACCGCAGAAGAGGAAUAAUGCCCUCGCUGUGCCGACAAAACAUCUUCAUACGAGGGCUAGUCAGAUUAAGCAGGCUCCGCGGUCGCUGAUCGAAGAGCAUCGUCGGCCGUCGGAGCAAGUUGUCAGACGCAAGGAUAAUACAGCUCCCAGUGCCAGUGCCUCGGGACGAGCUUCUGGGCCGCCGGUUGCUGCUGCAGGGAAUUUGUCGCCCGCGAAAGGGGGUGCCCUAGCAGAAAAAGAAGCCAGACUGCGGGCCUUGACUUCGGGCAAACCGGCCUCGUCUCAAUCGCCAACGCCACCAAUUUCUGGAGAGAAAGCGUCUUCUCCUCUUUCCAAAGCAACGUCACCGCCACUGUUGAAUACCAACCGCAAACGCCCAGCCGCCUCUCCUCCACCACAGACAUCACCAAUCUCGUCUGACUCCUUGAAUAUCACCACCACCGGUGAAGCACUCUCCACAUCUCCAGCACGCCCGCCAAUGAUCCUCAGACGAGCACCUCCUAGCAUCUUCAUUCAACCGAAGCGGAAACGGGUCACGUAG